UCUUUUGCGAGAGGAUGGAAGAAGAGGGAGCUGUCGGAAGAGAGGAGGCGACACAAAAUGGCUCCUCAAAUAACAGAAAUAUGGUGUGCCGCUGCCAAAUCAAGACAGAAGAAAACCAGAGCAAGAAGCACAGUGGGUUCAGUCAAAAGAGGAACAAGGAAACAGAGGAGACAUUGAGCUUGGCUCGUGGCCCAGAACGAGGAAGCCAAACACACCAGUGACCAAAACAAGACUCUAGACGUGUUUACACUGAAGUUCAAAGACGGUGAUCACAAGUUGCUCCUCCUGGAGAGCCAGGGCCAGCCACGUCUCUGGAAGAAUGCUGGUGGCUCAAGGGUCACACUUUGCAGCCCCCGGUCCUCGCUGGAGCCACCUUGAGUGACAGUUGCCAGGCAGUUGCCCAGAGAGCCCUGGCCCAGGGACAGCAAAGCCGGUGGCCACUGCCAUGUUCCAGGCUUCUCGGCUGACGAAGCAGGUGCUGCAGUCGGGGAAAUAGAUCCCUGGCCUUCGCUUCUUGGGCUUGGGGCAGCUUCUGUGAAGUGGGCAAUUCCCUGGGGUCCCCUUGGCAGGCUCCAUGGCGUUUUCUGAGCUCCUGGACCAAGUGGGUGGCUUGGGCAGGUUCCAGGUUCUCCAGAUGGUGGCCCUGGUGGUCCCAAUCAUGUGGCUCACCACUCAGAGCAUGAUGGAGAACUUCUCGGCCGCCGUGCCCGGCCACCGCUGCUGGGUACCCCUCCUGGACAACAGCACUGCCCAGGCCGGUGUCCCCGCGGCCCUGGGCCCCAAGGACCUCCUGACCGUCUCCAUCCCACCGGGCCCCAACCACGAGCCCCACCAGUGUCGCCGCUUCCGCCAACCACAGUGGCAGCUCCUAGACCCCAACAGCACGGCCACCAACUGGAGUGAGGCCGCCACAGAGCCGUGCGUGGACGGCUGGGUCUACGACCGCAGCACCUUCACCUCCACCAUUGUGGCCAAGUGGGACCUUGUGUGUGACUACCACGCCCUGAAGCCCAUGGCCCAGUCCAUCUAUCUGUCUGGGAUCCUAGUGGGAGCUGCCGUGUUCGGCCAAGCCUCCGACAGGUUUGGGCGCAGGCUGGUGCUGACCUUGAACUACCUUCAGAUGGCCGUGGCAGGCACAGCAGCUGCCUUCGCCCCCACCUUCCCUGUGUACUGCCUGUUCCGCUUCCUGGUGGCCUUUGCUGUGGCCGGCGUCAUGAUGAACACCUGCACUCUCCUGAUGGAGUGGACAUCCACGCGUGCCCGAGCCUUGGCGAUGACUUUGAACUCCCUGGGCUUCAGCUUCGGCCAGGUCCUGAUGGCCACAGUGGCCUAUGGUGUGCGUGACUGGGCCCUGCUGCAGCUGGUGGUCUCCGCCCCCUUCUUCCUCUGCUUUGCAUACUCCUGGUGGCUGGCAGAGUCUGCACGCUGGCUCCUCAUCACGGGCAAGCUAGAGCAGGGCCUCCAGGAGCUACAGAAGGUGGCUGCCAUCAACGGGAAGAGGGCCGUGCAGGAAACGCUGACUACCGAGGUCUUGCUGUCAGCCAUGCAAGAGGAGCUGAGUGCAGGCCAGUCUCGUGCUAGCCCGCGUGCCCUGUUUUGCACGCCCGGCCUGGGCCUCCGGACCUGUGUCUCCACUCUGUGCUGGUUCGCCUUCGGCUUCACCUUCUAUGGCCUGGCCCUGGACCUGCAGACUCUGGGCAGCAACAUCUUCCUGCUCCAGGUCCUCAUUGGGGUCGUGGACAUCCCGGCCAAGAUCGGCACCCUGCUGCUGCUGAGCCGUCUGGGCCGCAGGCCCACUCAGGCAGCAUCCCUGGUGCUGGCGGGGCUCUGCAUCCUGACCAACAUGCUGGUGCCCCAGGAGAUGGGGGCCCUGCGUUCAGCCCUGGCCGUGCUGGGCCUCGGGGGGCUGGGAGCAGCCUUCACCUGCGUCACCGUCUACACUGGUGAGCUCUUCCCCACCGUGCUCAGGAUGACAGCGGUGGGCCUGGGCCAGAUGGCAGCCCGCGCGGGAGCUAUCCUGGGGCCCCUGGUCCGGCUGCGGGGCACGCACGGCCGCUCACUGCCCCUGCUGGUAUACGGUGCGGUGCCCGUGCUGAGCGGGCUGGCUGCGCUGCUGCUGCCGGAGACCAGGAGCCUGCCGCUGCCCGACACCAUUCAAGACGUGCAGGACCAGGCAGUGAAGAAAGCGACACACAGCCCCCCAGGGCGCACUGUCCUGAAAUCCACACACUUUUAAGCUCCCGGGAAUUCUACGAUGGAACGUUGGGAGAAACACCCUCUCUGCUUGGAAGAAGACAGGACGGCCAACGCCACGGUGUCUGGAGGGUCCAGGGGUGGCCCCUGCAGCCAAGCCCAGCCCCUCUCUGCACCUUGAACACAAGAAGGGCAGACUGGCUGGAAGCUGCCCCGGGCACCCUCACCGGACCCUCCCUGGUGACUUCGGAAAGGAGCAAGGACCAGCAGGAACCUGUCCACCCCGUGCUACCCUCCUCGCUGCUCACGGCCCCCAGCUAUCCACUGUCCCCCUCCCGCUCCCUCGCCAAGUCAAAACUUCCUAAACUCACCACACUACCCCGAGAUCUCCACACAAGUCUCAGCUCCUCAGUUGAACCCAAAAGGCAGCUCUGGUCCCUGGUCACCCCUUUGCACACUCCAGCCACAGGACCUGCCUGCUCCGCCUCUUCUCUGCCUCCCAAACUCCCCUUCGGGGUCCCAGACUCAGGGCAAUGGCCUCCUUCCAGGGGCCCAGUCUGAGGCCACAGAGAAACCCUUACCCACAGCCACGCACUCAUCUCCCACCCUGCCAGCUAUGAGCUCCCAGAGGGUUGGCGUGGUCCCUUGACCCCCUGACCCAGUCUCCCCACAAAGCCUGGCAGGAGGGGCAUUGACAAGGGCGACAAAAGGGUGAAUAAAGGAUCAAAUGACUGCC